ACAAAAUAUCAACUUUAUCUUAAAGAAAAUGUUACCUAGAACACGGGAUGAUUAUGACAAUGCUAAAACCUCGAAAACACGAAUGGCUUUCACGGUAAAUACGAUUUUUUUUAUUAUAUUUCACUUAAAGUAAUAACAAUUUCUUUUUUCAUGUUUAGAGAAGAUAUUUGCGAGUUACGUGGUUUCGAGGAUUAUUAUUUUUAGCCUUAUCAUGUCUAUUAUUAUUUAUGAUUUAUAUUCGAUGGAGUAUUAAUUCGACUCCAGAAACAUUAUUAGAUGAAGGGCAAGUCUUUGAUGAUGAUGCUUUUGAGCGACCUGUAGAAACACUUGUUCAGACACAAUUUCAUCCUCCAAUACAUACUCCAACACAUACUCCAACUCAAAUUCCCGUAGUUUAUGACACGAUCAAAUGGAAAGAACGUCAGAAUGCUGUACGAGAAGCAUUCAAACAUGCUUGGGGAGGUUAUGUUCGUGAUGCGUGGGGUUGUGAUGAGUACCAUCCAAUUUCUCAUAGAGGAUCAAAUCUCACUGGAAUUGGAAUAGGUUUUACUAUUGUUGAUUCUUUAGACACACUUUUAAUAAUGGAUUUGAAAGAAGAAUUUCAACAUGCCCGUGAUUGGGUUGCAAGGAGUUUAGAUUUUGAACAAAAUGGCAACGUAAAUGUUUUUGAAACAACAAUUCGUGUUCUUGGAGGAUUAUUAAGUGCAUACCAUUUAGCUGGUAAUGACACAUUAUUUUUAUCCAAAGCUAUUGAUUUGGGUGAUCGUCUUCUUGGUGCCUUUUCUUCAUCAUCAGGAAUUCCAUAUGCUUCGGUUAAUUUGGCUUUAAAGCAAGGUAUUCCAGCUCACUUCGUUGGAGGUGCUAGUUCAACAUCAGAAGCUACAACAUUGCAAUUGGAAUUUAAAUAUUUAAGCCAUCUUACUAGCAAUGAAGAAUAUUGGAAAAAAGCCGAAGAAGUUAUGUUUAAGAUUGAUUCUCUUGAAAAGUUGGAUGGAUUAGUUCCAAUAUAUUUGGAUCCACAUACUGGCAAUUUCGUUGGGAAAACUAUUACAUUGGGAGCACGCGGUGAUAGUUAUUAUGAAUAUCUUCUUAAACAGUAUCUUCAAACAUCUCGUACUGAAAAUAUUUAUCUAAGAAUGUACGACCAAUCAAUGGAUGGUGUAAAAUCACGACUUGUUAAUUAUUCAUCACCAUCUAAACUUUUAUAUAUUGGAGAACUUCUAAAUGAUGAGUUUAGUCCAAAAAUGGAUCAUUUAGUAUGUUUUAUGGGUGGUAACUUUGCGUUAGGAGUUACACUUGGAAAAACUGUGCGAGAAGUUAAACAUUUGAACUUUAAACAAUUAGAAGAUUUAAGGAUAGGAAAAGAAUUGACAAAAACGUGUACGGAAAUGUAUUUCCGUACAGCAACAGGAUUAGCACCAGAAAUUGCAUAUUUCACUAGUUUAUCGGGUCCUGAAAAAGAUAUAUCUAUAAAGAAGUUUGAUAGUCAUAAUUUACUUAGACCAGAAACUGUGGAAAGUUUGUUUAUAAUGUGGAGAUUAACCGGAGAUGUUCAAUAUCGUGAAUGGGGCUGGAAAAUAUUUGAAGCUUUUGAGAAUCAUACCAAAUACGAAGGUGGGGGAUACACUUCACUCGAAGAUGUUACUUCUAUUCCACCUGGUAGAAAAGACAAGAUGGAAACAUUUUGGCUGGCUGAGACUCUAAAAUAUUUUUAUUUAUUAUUUGGCCCAAAUGAUCAAAUUCCGCUUGAUAAAUAUGUGUUUAAUACUGAAGCACAUCCACUACCUAUAUUUAUGCCAACACGAAAAGUUAGAGGACAAGGGUGGAAUCGUCAAUAAACAAAAAAAAAAAAA